AUGGAUCCCGGCGCUCUACAAUGGCUUGGAUGGUGGUACGCAAGUCGGCUUUAUAUCCACCUCAAAUCAACAGAUACGCUUACCUUCCAUGCAUGGAACGUGUUCAGAAAAGCAUACCCGGAAGAAGUCGAUCACCAUGUGACGUUCCGAGUCCAGGACCGGGAUCUCGCAUCAAUGCAGUACCUUUCUGUGGUUGAUCGUCUAUCUAAACUCGAUGUUAGCAUGCUUACCUUUCUUUGCGUACGCACUCUCAAUCUUUCGAUUGAUCAUCUUAUUGCACUCACCAAGAUCCAAAAUCUGGCGGUACUUGUGCUCGAAAAUGGGACGAACUCUUGGCACAAUACCACGCAAAAGCCAACCGUCGACAUGAUACGGGACUGGGGCCGUAGCGUUGGUGAAAGUGGCUCAUUUACGAAGCUAAGGGCACUUGUGUUGAGUGGAUAUGACAUAUCGCAUAUCAACUCUGUUCUCAAGAGCAUCUCUUCGUUUCCCGCCUUGAACCUCUUUGGAGUCGAUGGUUUGUUCAUCCAAUCCGGAGUUGACUGUUGGGGAGAUUGGACCAACCAUCUUCCGAAAUGCACAAAGUCUAGCAAACUAUCACCGGAAACUAUUUGGGAAACCAACACAACUACCACAGCAUCCAAGAUGCGCCAGCUUUACCAAUUCUCACUGGAAAUUGCCCAAUCGGAAGCAGCCACAAUGUCUGCCGGCCGAUCCAUUUCUAUGUUGUAUCUCCAGGCCCGAGAGGCCGUUCCCAGAUGCCACACUGAAUGGUUCCACCGAGAGUUGCAAGACGUAUCUGAUACAAAGACCAAGCGUGCACAAGAUGAAGAGCACCGAGAUCGAAGAGAGACCUAUGGCAAAAAGCGGAAGAUUCGAGAUAAGAAUAAGGUUGGCAUGGAGUCUCUUCUCGGAAGUUUCAUGUAG